CACAUCUGCGCGGCAGGUCAAAGUCGACGGUGGCCUGCGCUCGUCGCAGAAAGCGUCCCUUCUGCUCGGUCUUGUAAUGCUCCCCUACGGGCUCAAAAUCGUCUGGUUCGCCCUUUCACUCUCAGGGCUAUUGAGCAGCUGGGUUGCCUUGCCGGCGUUCCCGAGGACCGUUGCGAAGGGGACAUGGAUUCCGGUCAUAUAUGGUGUUGUCGACACCGUGCUCCAGGGGGUAUUUUGUCUAGGGCUCAUCUGGAAGAUGGAUCCGUUCCUUAUGCCUAGAACAUUCUGUAUCAUACAAACAGGCCUCAUGCAACUCUGCUGGUCCUGCUUGGCUGGGUGCUGCAUCGCCAUGUCCUUGAGGAGCGCAGCCGACGUGUUUCACGACAGGGCUUUCGGACAAGUGCUACAGAGAAUGUCCGGUAGACUGUCUCGAGUGGUCAUAAUUGCCGUAUUCCCUGCGGCAGUCUUCGCCGUGCAGCUUGCUCUACUACUGAGUCUGAAUGCCGUACAGCCUGUGGACGGUCUCAAUUGUGACGCGUCUAGCCCUCCAUGGGUCCGUCUUGUAGGCUACUCGGGCACCUCUCUUCUUUUCGCCGUCCCUUCCGUCAUCUUAUCUCUCGUGAUCGUCAUUCACACCCUCUACCCUCGUCAUGCCCAGCCAAUGACCAUCUCUACGGCCCGUACGGUAUACUCUCAUGAUUCUCUAACCUCGCUUCCCACUCGACGCCUGCGACACCGAGAGCCCAAGUAUCGCCCUCGGGUGACCGACACCUUCGACUAUGCCCUCUCGGAAUCACCAAUAGACACUCAUUCUGCGCUGAAUCUGCCCAAGACGCUCUUUCCCUCAAAUGAUUCUGAGAACCCAUAUCCUCCACUAAGUCCCGGUCGCACGCUUUCACAGGCGAAGCACUCCAAAUACCACCUGCCUUUCGCCAGUCCCCCAGUAACUCCCGCGCAAGAGCUUUCGCACCCGUCUAGCCCGCAGCCGAGCCUACAAAGCGCGCGAGGGUCUCUCUUCCGUGAGGUGAAUCGUAGUAGAAACAGCUCGUACCGCAGUGCGCCUUCACCUAUCAUAUUCUCUUCUCCUUCUCGCACAGAGAACCGUCCACGCGAGCCAACCGUGGUCAAUAUCUCUCCGUCACCUGACCCACCCACAUUAGAGGAUGAGAAGGACGAUGGAUCAAUAACGGAGGUACAACACGACGUCGAAGGCGAUAAUAUUGCGACGGGCUCGCUGCGCUGGGCCUAUGACCCAGAACAUGCGUCGCUCAAGCAAAGCAAAGAUUUUGGCUAUGACGAUCUCGAAGAGGGCGGCUACGACGAGCCAACGUUCCCGCCGUUCCCGCGCAUCCGCCGCUCGCCGUCUGGCCAACCGCCCUGGCUCAAUGAUGUACCCGACCCGGCCCCACCGUUGCUGCGCGUGGUGUGCUUCCAGCUCUUCCUCGCCGCAUCGCUCGUCGUCUGCGCUGUCACGUCGCUCGUCGACAUCUUUGCACAUCAUGAUCCACCUACGCCCUUCGGAACGCAGCACGCGGCGCUCGUGCUCGUCGCGUGGGGUCCGGCUUUGUUUAUGGGGACUGUUGUGCUCAUGAACCGCAUAGACUGGGUAUCAUACCCAAGAUCACGGCCCGUGCUUGCACUCUGCCGCCGCUAAUAUUUAUGUGUACGUUGAACGCUGUAUCAUUCUACCUGCGCAAUCCUGCCUUUUUCUAUCUUGUCACUUCUCUACACUCGGAUUGCAUUGCUCUUGAAUAAGUUAAUCAUCGUACACGUUCUUUGCUUGCAUAAACACUUGACUUCGCUUUUCUGCUUGCAUAUGCAUACCCCCUUUUACCCUUGUAUUAUGUAGCUUACCUGUAACACUAACCGGCCGCCGACCGUAAUACCCCUCCUCUCCCCCUGCUCAUGAUCAAUACCACGUUCCCUUGUAAUUCUUAGGCAGCAAUAUACGACAUUCGUUUAG